AUGUCUGACGCUCAGAAGCCCGUUGAGGAGACCCCCGCGGUCGUUCCUGCUGCUGAGCCCGUUGUUGAGGCUCCUGCUGCUACUGCUGAGCCCGUUGUUGAGGCCCCCAAGGAGGAGACUGAGGAGACCACUGCCACUCCUGAAGUUGCUGAGACCACCGAGGCUGCCAAGGAGGAGAUCAAGCCCGCGACUGAGGGCACCCUCGGCUACAAGGCCCCUGGUCUGGUCAAGAGCCUGCGCUUCGCCAAGCGUUUCUUCUACUUCAACGAUGAGGCUGUUGAGGCCAAGCAGCUGUCCCAGUUCCACCAGAACGAGAAGGCCGCUGUUGCCAACCCCAUCGCCGCCUGGGCCAGCCAGACCGGCAAGGGUCUGCUCUUCAUCACCAAGCGCGCUGAGGACAAGGCUCACCCGAGCCACAUCAUCAACCUGGCCGAUGUCUCUGAUGUCACCAAGGAGAGCUCCAGCGAGUUCCAGUUCAAGAUUGCCGGCCAGAAGCACACCUUCCAGGCCUCCAGCGCCGCCGAGCGCGACAGUUGGGUUGUCGCCAUCGAGGCCAAGGCUACCGAGGCCAAGGCUGAGAAGGAGACCAUCACCUCCAGCGAGGGUUACAAGGCUGAGCUUGAGAAGCUGACCAAGCCCGUCGCCGUCGCCGCUGUCGCCGCCAAGAAGCCCGAGGAGAAGAAGGAGGAGGAGACUGCUGCCCCCAAGGAGGGUGAGGAGACUCCUGCCCCUAAGGAGGAGAAGAAGGAGACCGCCAAGUCUCGCUCCCAGUCUCGCAAGCGCUCCAGCAUCUUCGGCUCCCUUCUCGGCAAGAAGGAGGAGGCUGAGGAGAAGAAGCCCGAAGAGAAGAAGGAGGAGGAGACCGCCGAGGAGGCCAAGCCCGCUGAGGCCGCUGCUCCCGCUGCUGAGCCUGUCGUUGAGACUGCUGAGCCUGCUGCCGCUGCCACCAGUGAGGUCGCUGCUCCCGCUGAGACCACCGAGGACAAGGCUGCUGAGGAGCCCAAGGAGGAGAAGAAGGAAGAGAAGAAAGAGGAGAAGAAGAACAAGCGCUCCUCCAUCUUCGGCAACUUCUUCCAGAAGGUCACCAGCCCCGCCCACGAGAAGUCUGAGAAGGAGGCUACCGCCCCCGUUGAGGAGACCACCGUCGCCAGCGUCGCUCCCCAGCUCGAGAACCCCGUCGAGGAGGCCGCUGUCAAGCCCAUUGAGCCCGAGACUGUGACCGCCGCUGCCGAUGCUGAGGCCGCCAAGCCUACCGAGGAGGCCAAGCCCGCCGAGGCCGAGCCCACCACCCCCAAGGACAAGCGCCGCACCUCGUUCUUUGGCAACUUCGGCAAGAAGGAGAAGAAGACCGAUACCUCUGACAACGAGGUCACCGAUGGCGAGACCAAGGCCAAGUCCAAGCUUGGUGGUCUGUUCCGCAAGCCCAGCAAGGCCGUGAAGCUCGACAAGGAGGAAGCUCCUGCCGCUGAGGCUGAGGCCAAGGCUGAGGAACCCAAGGAGACUGCUGCCGCCGAGACCUCCGCUGCCGCCGAGGAGACCCCCGCCCCCGUUGUCGAGGAGGUCGCUCAGCCCGUCGAGACCACCACCGAGGAGGCCAAGAACGUCAACCUCACCGCCGGCGCCCCUGUCCAGGCUGCUGCUUGA